CUCAUCACUCUCAGCCUUCUCAAACCUUCUCAGCUCCUCCUCUCUCAGCUCCUCCAACAAAAUAAAAUUAUAAAAAUAAAAACCAUUUUGUCUCCAGUUAUUUUUCUCCGACAUGUACGGCGACCAAGAUCCGACGACUCCGAUCCAAAAGCCCAUCGUGAUCCGUGAAGUCUGGGCCCACAAUCUGGAAUCCGAAUUCGAGCUCAUCCAAAACGUCAUCGACGCCUACCCCUUCAUCUCCAUGGACACCGAGUUUCCCGGCGUCGUCUUCCGGCCCCCCGUCGACCCUACCACUCCCUACUCCCGACAGACCCUCCGGCCCUCCGAUCACUACAGGAUUCUCAAAUCCAACGUCGACGCCCUCAGCCUCAUCCAGGUCGGACUAACCCUCUCCGACUCCCGCGGUAACCUCCCCGACCUCGGCUCCCCCACGCGCUUCAUCUGGGAAUUCAACUUCAACGACUUCGACGUCGCGCGUGACCCCCACGCUCCCGACUCCAUCGAACUCCUCCGCCGCCAGGGCAUCGACUUCGACCGCAACCGCUCCCACGGCGUCGACUCCUCGCGCUUCGCGGAGCUGAUGAUGUCGUCGGGACUCGUCUGCAACGACUCGGUGAGUUGGGUCACGUUUCACAGCGCCUACGACUUCGGGUACCUGGUGAAGAUUCUCACGCGCCGGGACUUGCCGAGUGGCUUGAACGAAUUUCUGAAAAUUCUGAGGGUCUUUUUCGGUAAUAAGGUUUAUGACGUCAAGCACAUGAUGCGAUUUUGCAAAAGCUUGUACGGCGGAUUGGACCGGGUUGCGAGAACCUUAGAGGUGGACCGGGCAGUCGGGAAGUGCCACCAGGCCGGUUCAGAUAGCUUGUUGACAUGGCAUGCGUUCCAGAAGAUGAGGGACGUGUACUUUGUGCAUGGCGGGCCCGAGCAACACGCUGGAGUAUUGUAUGGAUUGGAAGUAUUUUAAUUAAAUUUUGGACCAAAAACAAAAGGAGUAUUUUAGUUAGCGUGAAAGGGAAAAGAAAUCAUAGUUGUGUAAAUUCUAUUUAUUGCCUCCUUAAUUGGGGCAAUUUGUUUAAUAAGAUAAAAAAUUCUUUUUAA